AUGGAUAACCAAGGUGCCGGCCAUGGCUAUGUAUGGGCCGACGAGAUCAAUCAAGAGCAAGCGCAAGAGCCAGAAGACAACUUUGACGACUUGCUAAAACUGCUAGAGAUGGAGAUGGUAAGUUCUUCACUUGAACUAGAUCCCAUGGCGUCGCAUGAACCCGGUCACCGAUCUGAAUUGUCUACCAACCACAUCCUCCAGGCACCCAACACCCCUGCAGAUGCCCCGCAAAGCUUCGGCGCGGCGACAUCUGCCCCUACGAGCACAACGACGGCUAGUGCUGCGAGUAUCCAGCCUCCCCCACCUCCCCAGGAUCCGGCACCACAGGCCUCCUCGUCGGCAUUUCUAGGCGCAGUGAACGCCCUGGACGCAGGCUCCCUGGGCGCACCAGGUCCUGGCCGCCCCAAUCCCGGCCCUGCAAUUCCUCCCACCGCGGCGUCGAGUCCAGCAACAGCCGUCGUCGGAGGCUUUCCACACGUCUUCCACCCUCGUCCGCAUCCGCAUCCGCAUCGACUUCCAUACCCACAGCUUCCUCCACCGCACGGUUAUCUCGGCGCCUCGGGAGUCGUUCAACCUCAAACUGCGGUUAUUUCCCAUCACCUCCGACCGGUGUAUGCGCAGAACAUGGCCUACAGUUAUCCUGGCCAAGUUCCUGCUGCCGAUCUAGCGCAUGCUGGCCUCUACAAGGCGGAUUCGUAUUCCCCAGAGCCCGGAGCUGACAGUACGACACAAUCGCGCACUGAUAACCGACCACAGCAUCGCCGUGGGUACCAAGCCUGUCAGCGAUGCCGCGAAAGAAAAGUGAAGUGUGAUCUGGGUAGUGUCGAUGCGCCGUCGCAGCCGCCAUGCAAGCGAUGUCUACGUGAACGACUUACAUGCGAGUUUGCGGCAACGCGAAAGAAACAGAAGCGGUCAGAUGGAACUGCAAGAGAUACAUCAAGGGACACGGCGGCGGAGGACUUCAGAGACACGUCUGUCGUGGGGAGUGGAAUGUCUGGUCUUGGAUUUGGACAAGGCACACAACAGUCGCCAGCUUCGGUAACUCCCUCAACGUCUGGUAAUAGCUUCGCAACACCAUCGUGGACCCUUCAAAGCUCCAAGCGAUCCUACACUUCUCAACCACGCGAAACUUCAGGCAGAAGCCCGGCGGACUCGAUUCUCCCUCAGCCAUCGGCGCAACGAAAGCCUUCUGACGUCGAAUUGCAUAGCCAAGCCGCUGUUGCGACCCUCGGCGGACAAGUCUCAAGUACACAGGAUAGCAUCAUGCUUCUGGUAGACGCAGCCUACGCCUCGGAAGGUGCAACACCGGCCCUCAAAGACAGCCCGCAUUCCGAGAGAGGUGGAAGAAAGAGAACUUUGUCCAGUCUCGAUCACGGUGGUCCUCCUGCCCCUACUGCUAGCGGAUUCACACCUCAAGAGCAAGCAGAGCAGCAGGCAGGUCUCAAAGCAUGGUCAGAAAUGCGCUUUGUGCGCAAUGGCUGGUUCACAGCGUGGGAAGCCAUGCAGUAUGUCGAAUAUUUCUUCACACAUCUGGCUCCCAUGACACCGAUUGUCUUUGAUGACUAUCGCUCGCCCCUCAAACACGAAGCACUUCUGAUCGAUGAGCCAAUCCUGGCAUUGGCCAUUCUGGCCAUCGCUUCUCGCCACAUGCGCUUGUCCGGACAUGCGGCGUUAUCUCGAUCCUAUCAGAUUCACGGCAAGUUGUGGAACAACCUUCGUCGUCAAGUGGAGCGUCUGCUGUGGGGACAGGAGCAGUUCGGUGGUGGUUUCUGCGGUGCCGGCACUACGGCUAAGAUUCGUGAGCUCGAGACCGGACAAAUCACUUGGAAAGGCAGUCUUCGCACCCUAGGCACCAUCGAAGCUCUAUUGUUACUUACGGACUGGCAGCCACGUGCUUUGCACUUUCCACCGAGUGACGACGAAGAAGGAUUACUGGAUCGAAGCAUUGUGAUGUCUUCCGAAAUGAAUGGUAAGCCCCCUGGCCAGAACGACGAACCUAUGGCUACUCGAGACUACGACAAUCUCCCUUAUGCAAGCUGGCUGGAGCCAGCCUGGCGUGCCGACAGAAUGUCCUGGAUGCUCCUUGGCCUCGCUCAGAGUCUUGCAUUCGAACUCGGGGUUUUCGAUACCAAUCACUUCAACUGUAACCACAAUCACGGGCCAGAUUCUGAAUGUGCUCGCAAGCGGCGGAUUCGGAACUUGCUCCUUGUCUACGUUGCUCAAACCAGUGGCCGAAUGGGUGUGCAAAGCUCGCUCAAUGUUGAGGAGUGGGAAAGAGACCCGACGUGGGAUCAAAGUACCAAAAUCUUGGAGAAACACCCGGUUGAUGUCAUGCAGGAAUGUUGGGUUCAUAUCGCUAGGAUCAUGAACCAGGCCAAUCGCGCGAUCUUUUCUUCUCACCAGUUCACGAAGCAGCUGAUUUCGAGCGGCAAGUACAAGGAUUCCAUCGCAACCUUUGCACCACUGUUGAACGGCUGGAAAGCUCAAUUCGACUCUGUCAAAAAUCAGAUUCACCCUGUCAUGCAAAGCAUUCUCACAAUCGAAUACGAAUAUGCUCGUCUUUAUAUCAAUUCGUUAGGAUUUCAAAAUGUGGUGGAAUGCUGGAUUCAAGGAGGGUCCAAUAUUCGCAAGGCAACGCUGCUCAAGAUCGCCGAGGAUAACAAGCUUUACAUCGAUGAGGUCAGCGACGCGGCCCUGAACAUUCUUGGAGAGGUGGUCGAUGGUAUUGCAGGUCAAGGCUUCCUCAGAGAUGCGCCUGUCCGUACUUUUUCCCGCAGCCUCUCUGGCAUCAUGUUCACUCUGAAGCGAUUUAGCCUGGGCACUCACGAGGCGUUGGUACGGAAAUGCUUGCAACGACUCGAACAGAUCACGGUUUCCAUGUCUCAAGAGGUCGUCGAUGAUGUGCAUCUCGCCUCCUCCACUUCGCGCUUGGUUCAAAACAUUGUUCGAAAUGUCAAGCGCACGCUGAUACGUGUCCAACAAACCGGUACAGGUUCGGCGGGCCCCAGCCGCGAACACUCCCGCCCACAAUCACCCCACGGUAAAGAAGCAAUCACAGAGCCACAACAGCAACAAGCAUCGAAUCAACAUAUCAACCUGAACCAUCUGAAUGCAGGCUUCUAUACUGACGACCCUCUGGCAGAAAUUCAAGCGCGGCCUAUGGCUGAACUUACCUCGCAAAUGUUCGUGCCACCUCCGAAUUUUGGUGGUGAGGGUCAGCUUGCAGACUCGGCCUUGCCCGAUGAUUCUCAUCUGGACCCGGCCAUGACCUUAUCAAUGGACUGGUUCGCCUUGCCGCUCGACAAUCUGUUUCAGGACGACGAUGCUACUGUUGACCAAGGCUUUGGUGGCAUUGGCCCGACCGUCGGGACUCGAGACAUGCUCGAGGUCAUCACCGAUCGUGAUUACAAUCAGAUGCAAUGGAAUGGCAAUCAAACGUUUGGGUUUGGUAACGUUUGA